GACACUACAGGGUACAUAGGAUGCUCGCUCUCGUUCGCUCCAAGGGCCUAACGCGCGCGGCCAUGGGCGUCCGCGCCGCUAGCACGGUGGGCGCUACCCUGGACGAGGCGGUGGCCCGUCUUCCACACAAGGAGGCGCUGCGUAGCGUUACCCAGGACAUUCGCUGGAGCUUCAAGGAGCUCAACGCUUCGGUGGACGAGCUGGCCAACGGCUUCCUGGACCUGCAGUUCCAGCGUGGUGAUGUGGUGGCCGUUUGGCUUCCCAACAGCGUCGAGAACGUGCUGACGCAUCUGGCUGCAGCUCGCGCGGGUCUGACGCUGGCUGUGAUUGAGCCCGAAGUGUCCAAGGCCGAGGAACUCGCCUUCAUCCUGCAGGACAGCAAGGCCAGUGGCCUUGUGUUCGAGCCUAAGCAGGCAGGUCGCAACCAGACCGAGAUCGUGCAGAACCUCUUCCCGGAGCUGGCUACCUUCCGCGAACGCAUGGAGGUGUUCCGUCCCAAGAACUUCCGCCACCUGCACAGCGUCAUCACUACGAGCUGGAAGCCGGUGGAGGGGAUGGUCAACCUCAAUGGAAUGAUGGUCAACAGCCCCGAGCCGUACGCCAUGAAGGCCGUGACCAAGACGCUCAACGACAAGACGCCGCUUGCAGUCACGUAUUCAAAGGUGGAGGGACAGAAUCCCAAGAAGAGCGCGGUGCUCACUCACGGUGAUGUGCUGAAGCGCGCUGAGACGCUGGCCAAAAGCCUGAACUUGACUGCGACGGACAAGAUCCUACUGACUGGCGAGGAGACUGGUCUGUCUCUCGGCCCUCUCGCUGCUAUCGGUCAGAGCGCGCAGGUUGUGCUGCCGUCGACGGAGUUCAACCACGAGGCUGUGCAGCAGGCCAUGAAGGUGGAGAGCUGCAGUAUUGUAGGCAGCGGACUUGACAACUUCAAGCGCGUGUAA